AUGGUUCCUUCCAGCACAAUUAUAUUCAUAGAUAUCUGCAAAUUCUCGGAAUAUUCAAGCUCUUUGUCACCACAAGAAAUCAUGGGAAAUUUGUCUGUUUACUUUGCAACAAUUGACAACAUUUUGGCAAAAUUUAAUUACUUGACAAAAAUCAAGUUAAUUGGUGAUAUUUAUAUGGCAGCUGCUGGUUUGUUUAAUCCUGAAAUUGCACCUGAAAAACAUGCAGAACAAGUCAUCCAAUUCGGUCUUGAAGUUAUCAACGAAUUGGAAGAAAUAAACUUGGCAUUAAAUGCAAGUUUAAGCAUAAGAAUUGGUGUAAAUACAGGAGGUCCUAUCAUUGCAGGUGUUUUAGGUAAAGAUAAACCUGUAUUCGAUAUCAUUGGUGAUGCAAUUAAUGUUGCAGCAAGAUUACAGACAACAGAUGAUCCCAAUCAAAUUCAGAUCAGCCAAGCAACUUAUGACGUAAUAAGUCACUUGAAUUUCCACGUCAGACAGAGAGGUGAAGUUUUCUUGAAGGGUAAAGGAAAACAAAUGACUUAUUUGGUUGGUCCUCUUACAGCAAUCGCUUCAACUAUUUCUGGAUUCCAAUUAGUAGAAGUUGAUUCUCAUGAUGAUCAUCAUUAA